CCAUCGCCCGCCUGGCCUGCACUCUGCCUCCCGCCCUGCAAAAGGGAGGUGAAGGGCCAGGGGUGUCCACGGCUUCCUGUUUCCUUUCUAGCUGGGAGGAGGAACAGCAGGCAGCAACCUCUGCCUUGUCCGUGCCCCUUCACGGACCUGUGGCCAAGCUGCUGAGGUGCCUGGGGUGGCAUUCAACUCCACUGGGAGCCACUAGGCCCUGCGCACAGCAGCCCCCCUAGAAAUCCGGCUGCCUAGAGGCCAGAGGGCCGCCAACCCUCAAGGCUGCUGAGGCCACUGCCCCCAUGUCUCUGUAAUGGAAACUUCUCAGCUGCUCUGUGAGCAAGAGCUCCAGUUCCUGCCUCAUGUGGGCUCUGAUCGGCAGCAGAUCGCAGGACAAGGCAGCAGAUCCUGGCCGUGGAGGACCAAAAAGUGAGUGCUGGCAGAAAGGACCAUGUGCCAGUAAAUGAGGUCUGCAGCUCGAGUCUUGCGCCCUGAUUCCCACCCGCGGACACGCCAACCAACCAGAGAGAAUGAGGGGGCCACGUGGGGCUCACAACCUCCCCGGACUGAGAGGGAUGGUGACAGGAAGUGCCCUCCCUCUAUCCUGAGACCCAGACGGCAGGAAUGUGGAUGCCAUGGGGCUGAGCCACAGAGAACUUCAAGGCACGUGCGCUUCCGAGAGCCCCUGGAGGUGGCUGUGCACUACAUUGCCCGCAAGGACACCACAGCUGCCGUCAAGGCCCCACCAGCAGAGAGAGAGAGAGAGAGCCUUGCAGGGCCACAUGGGGGAGCUGCCUGGACUGACCUACAGCCCUCCUACAGUGCCCAGCCGACCAGCUUCCCGUGGUGGCUCUCUGCUCCAGCCAGCGUCCUGCAGUGGCUCCCUAUUCCUGUGGCUGACUCUGUGUGUUCUGCUUGGAGUGGUGUUAGGCCUGUGCUGUGGCCAGGCCAGUCACGUCACAGUAGCCCUGGAGGACCUCUGGGGCUGGCUCCUCGUCCUCGUCUUGCGCCUGUGGCAUGUAGUCCUUGCCUGUUGGCACUGCCUCCUGCGGCUCUGACACGUGGCCGAAUGGCAAUUACACCUCUGACCAUCGCCGGAGGGUGAUGUUGGAGCGGGGCGGGUAGGGUGGUUUGGGGGCCAUGGUGGUGUAGCCCAGGCACUAAGACAGAGCUCUGCUAGCCAGUGCUUGACAAACCCAGGGGCUCCAAAAGGCUGCUGCUGUGGAUUAAGUGGGGAAAGGGGGUGCCUCUGGCUUGAUGCUACAAGUAACCCCUACACCAGUCAGCACAGGCUGGGAUCUUGGGGCUUUAAGGUUGUGCCAGAGAAAGAACUCAGCCACCGUGGGUGGGGACUCCUGUGUUCCCGCCGGUCCUUUGUCUUGGGAUCCCUGGCCCGGAUGCUGUCACACCUGGAUGCUGUCACGCAUGCCAUACAACCCUUUGAAGAUAAGUGUCACCUACAUCUGAGGGGCAGUUUGGGAAGACGAGCCCCAGACUCCUGCUGCUUUGAAGGCUAGCCGCGGCUUCUGUCAUACCAUCAGGAGAUGAUCUCAGGGGCCUUCCUCUGCAGUUCAUGGGAGCCCUGUGGGUAUCUGAGCCUGGGUCUGCCUCCUCCGCUUCACACCGAGAUCUGUGGUGUGGGAGCAGAGGUCAACUCUGCAGGCAGCAGCUCUCGGAACAAAGAUAUAUAUAUAUACUUUUGUUCUGAGAAGUCCCACUUCCAGGGCCACAGACAAGUCCAAGGCCAUCAGGCCUGCCUUGUCUCCUGAACCCAUGGAGACAUAGUUCUGUCGUGCUUAUUGCAAGGUCAAGGGAAGCAAGCACAUCGUACUGAACUUCAGGACCCCCUAGACCUGCCUGGAGGGGGAGCCCUGAACACAGUGAGGAGGCCCAGUCAGACCCAGGAGGAUCCACCAGGGGGACCCUGCACCACCCUGGAAUAAACUUCUGAUCAGGGUUUGGGAGCCAGGGGGAGGCUUGUGGUUGUCCUCUUAAGGUGUCUCUCUACUUAUGUGGGCAGAAACAGAUUCCAUAUUAAAACACCCACACCCUCUUCACCUCAGGAUUAUUACAGAAAUGAGGGAUGUAACACAGUUGUUGUGGAAUCCCUUCAGGGCCAAGCAUGCUCAUCUAGACACCAGAGCAUACCCUCCACCCACAGGUCCUUUGCAGCUGUCACUCAUGAGAAUUUGGGGGACCCACCAUGCCUCCAGGACCACAUCCUCCCCAGAAAGAUGUGCCCAGAUUUCUAGCUCACUGGGAUGCCAUCUGCUCCUCUCUGGCCUUCAGGUACUCCACACAGUGAUCUCCAGCUAUAAAGUUUGAGGGCACAGUCAGGGAGGGGCCAGUGGAGAGAAACCCUGCUUCCAGGAGCGGUCUAGAGAGGACCAGCCUGGGAAGCCACUCACCAGGAUCAGCCAUCACCGUGGCUGCUGUUGCCUGCCCCAGCCCAGCCGCCCCAGGACCCGUUCAUCUCAUCCCACUCUGGUAAAAGACAAGCUCAUUACGGGCCUGUUACUCCAGCUAUGGAAACAGACACUAAGAGAUGAGAUGGAAGACCUUGAGGUCACCCUUCCGUCCCUGCCUCUGAGAGUGAAUACCCUCUAGGAAGGGCAUUGGUCACCCCAUGUUUUACAACAGAGAACCGUGGCUUCCCACCCCACAGCCAGCAUUUGCUGCAGAGGCCACAGGAAAAGUGUGCCCAGCUCUGUAGGGGCCGCAGAACCCUACCCUAGCCAGUUUGGGUUUUCCGUUUGUUUCCUUUUCACAGUGCUAACCAGCACUGCUAGGCAAACGGUCUGCCACCGUGUUACAUCCCCAGUCCUGUUUUGUUCCAGAAUAAAUGUCCAAAAGACAUACACAGAGAUACAUGUGCCUAAGAGAUGUCACCAAACCCCAAACUCAUGUCUGAGGGAUGGUGUAGGGAUGGGGAGCCGGGGCCACAAGAGUCAAACUCCUUAAAUGCCCAGGCAUGAAGGACCGCCCAUGAGCACCUGGAACC